GUAGGUUUUUCCGGGCAAGAUGGCGGCUCGCUGUUCCUCGCGUUGGUUCUCGGUCGUGGUGUCCGGGACCCGGGGACACUUGGUUUCUGGGCGUCACCGAUGGCCCAGAGCUGAGGGAGCUUUGCUGUUGGCAUUGCGGACUGCUGCAGCUGCACGUGGCCCGGCAGGGGAUCCCUCAGAGCACUUCUCCCAGUUCCACACCAGCAGCACAUCAUACAAUAAGACAGAUUUUUACCAGGUAUUGGGAGUCCCGAGGAACGCCAGCCAAAAAGAAAUCAAGAAGGCCUAUUAUCAGCUGGCCAAAAAAUACCAUCCAGACACAAACAAAGAUGAUCCUCAAGCCAAAGAAAAAUUUUCACAGUUGGCAGAAGCUUAUGAGAUUCUUAGUGAUGAGGUGAAACGCAAGCAAUAUGAUACGUAUGGCACUGCUGACUUUGGCGCAGGGGCUGGUGGAGGGGGGCAGCAAUACUGGAGAGGUGGUCCUUCUGUCGAUCCAGAAGAACUGUUCCGCAAGAUUUUCGGAGAGUUUUCAGGUUCGCCUUUUGGUGACUUUAGUACCAUGUUUGAACAGCCACAGGAGUACAUUAUGGAUCUGACAUUCAUCCAGGCAGCAAAAGGAGUAAACAAGGAGAUCUCUGUAAACAUCACAGACACCUGUCAGAGAUGUAAUGGCAAAGGAAACGAGCCUGGCACCAAAUUGCAGCAUUGCCAUUAUUGCAAUGGCACCGGCAUGGAAACUAUUAACACUGGUCCAUUUGUCAUGCGCUCAACAUGCCGGCGUUGUGGAGGGAAGGGCUCUGUGAUGACCAAUCCUUGCUUGUCAUGCCGGGGAACAGGGCAAACCAAGCAAAAGAAAAACGUAACCGUGCCUGUCCCUGCAGGUGUGGAAGAUGGGCAGACUGUUCGUAUGCCAGUUGGAAAGAAGGAAAUCUUUAUUACAUUUAGGGUGCAGAAAAGUCCCAUCUUUAGGCGAGAGGGGGCUGAUAUCCAUUCGGACCUGCCUGUGUCAGUCGCUCAGGCUGUGUUAGGGGGUACUGCAAGAGCACAAGGACUUUAUGAUCCUAUCAAUGUAGCUAUACCAGCUGGUACUCAGGGAGACCAGAGAAUUCGUAUAAGUGGUAAAGGAAUCCCAAGGAUGAACAGUUACGGUUACGGAGAUCACUACAUCCACAUCAAGAUCAGAGUUCCCAGGCAUCUGACGGACAGACAACGAGCGCUAAUGAUGAGUUAUGCUGAGGAAGAGACAGAAGUAGAUGGCACUGUGAAUGGCAUUACCAACACAACAACAGGUAGUGCCCGGCAAAAGUCUGCAGCUGGGGAAGAGAGACCCGAGGCUGAACAGACAGGGGAAAACCAGGAGGGAUUCCUAAGCAAACUAAAGAAAAUGUUUAGCUCGUGACGGCUUGGUGAGGAAAGAGAUCAACCGGAAACUAGAACUGAGGAAGAAUCCUGCCCAUCUCUAGAAACAGAGCAACCGGAAACUAGAACUGAGGAAGAAUCCUGCCCAUCUCUAGAAACAGAGCAAAUGCUUUUUGGACUCUUCUAGCUCCUGAGACUUAUAGCUCGGUAAUAUGGAGCAGCAGCAGCAUCUGUUUGCUUGAUGUUUCCUGUGACACUGAAUUCCAUUAUGAGAAGCCCAUUAAUGCAAAUGAAGGAAUUCUAUACAGACUGUCGUGUUGCUCUUGUCAUUUUUAAAAGUGAAAAGAAAAAAAAAAGUUCUGCACCAUCCAA